GACGCUGCUGUGGUCCUCACAGUCCCAGCCCGGGACGCAGUCAGUCAGGUCCUGCUGCUGCACCUUGUGCUGCACCUUGUGCUGCACCCCCCGCCACCAUGAGGAGUGCCCUAGUGCUGGCGCUAACCAUGGCCAUCCUGGUCCUCGAGGGGCUCGUGCCGUCGGACGCGCGCUGGGUGUCCACGCAGGACCCUCGGCCGCACAAGGGGAAGUGCGACAAAGGGCCAGCCGGCUGCCGCAAGGUGUGCGCGGAGGAGGAGGGCGCCGGCGGCCACUGCAGCCCAGAGGGCGAGUGCAUCUGCAGCGGCGCGUACAAGACGAGCAAGGGCAGCACCGCCUCCACCGGGACUUCAGUCACGGCGCCUGUAGAGGCCACCACCGCCGGGGAAGAACACCGGCUGCCGGCCGUCAGCAGAAAUACUCCCUCGGUCACUCCUGGGACGACGACGACGACGACGACGACGACCCCAGCUGCCACGAGCGUCGCCAGGGCAUCAGGCGCCUCCACGGCCAGAGGGGGCUCUCCGAGCUCUGCCACCCCCACGGGAGCUCCGAACAGGACGGCUGGUCCCAUCAGGUUGGCCACGACAGCCGCCUCCACCGCGGGCCCCUCCACCACCCACUCGCACUCGACCACCGCCGACGCCUCCACUACUCGUGCCCAGCACAGUUCCCAGCACAGUGCGGGCGGGACGAGGGCCGGGCGGACCACGGUGGGGAGGCCCGCGUCCACGCCCGCGCCCUCGGGGUCCACGGCGGUGACGACGGCGGCCACCACAGCCGCGCGCCAAAAGAAAGCGUCCACAGCGGCAAGCACUGUAGGCAGGAGUGGGGGGCCGGCGACUACGAGGGCCGCAACCACUCUGGCCACAGCCUCGGCGACAGCAACCCCGCCGACGACACCCAGUAAACGACGGGGGAGCACGACCGGGGCGGUGACCGUCGAGAUCCGGGAGCCCCUGUUGGACGGGACGGCGGCCACCGCUGUCGAGGAGGCAGCCGAGGCCUUCGCCGCCAGCACGUCGGCCCCUGCUGCCGAGCACACCGCGGCCGUGGAGCAGCAGGCCGACGACUCAGCCACUGCCGGGGCUAGCGGCACCGGGGACAGCACGCCGCCGUCUAGCACCAGCACGGCCAGUGCUCUCGAUGCUGCCGGAAGCGCCACCGGAAGCGGUGUAUCCAGCGGAAGUAGUCCAAGAGGAAGUGGCUCAGCGGACGGCAGUAAUGUUACAGCGGCUGUAACCUCCGUGACGGCCGGCGCCCUUGUGAGCUCGUCCAACCUCGACGCGGCCGCGGCCGGGGGCGGCACCACGGCUGUGCCCUCCACCACGGCUGUGCCCUCCACCACGGAGCCCGCGGCCGGUGUGACGGCGAGCCCUCACUCAGGCAGCUCACCACCAAACGCAGCGGCACCAGCAGUAACGACCGGAAGUACUCCCGGAGGUACAACCGGAAGUGCUACAGAGAGCAGCAGCACACGCACAACGGCCUGACGUACACUAUACGACGGGGUCUUCACCAGGGGGUUGACAAACCCCUCGGGACUCUAGUAGUUUUACUGGUUGGUCCACAUAAUAUUGUGUAGUUGUACCGGGUGUAACUAAGAAUGCGCAACAGUGUUGCGGGAUUGCACACCCGCCAGGGCUGCAGGGGCCAUGGCGCCUUACGGGCUAACUGGGUAGGCAAACCCGCAACACUGUUGUGCAUUCUCAGUUACACCCGGUACUGUACCACAUGUGCAGGUGGUCUUGCCAACCGCGUCUCUCACCACCACGCGUUAUGGACCAUUGAGGCAACUCGUCCACUCGCCUGCAUGUGGUACAGUCUAACUACGAACCACUUCGGGGUAGGUGGUCCACCCUAAACACACUUAGUAUCCAGUUGAAGUACAUUAGCGUAAGGACAUUCAAUUAGCGUAAGAACAAUUCAUUUUGCAUAAGUACAAGAAAAUGUUUUCCAAAAUACAUUCGCAUGGAGGCAAUGCAAUUUACUUGAUUCAGCAGGCCUUUGAUGUGUCAUCGGGGCGGGAAUGACCCGCAGGAUUACCCAAAGGAUUACCGAGGGAUUACUCUACCGUAAACAAAACUUAAGUAGGGUCUUGUCGUUCAAACACCGCGUGACACAAAAAAUAAUUUAAAAAGAAAUUGUUUACAGAAGAUAGCGUAAGCUCAUUAGCUUCCGUUAUAUGAGAAAUUAGCUGCAAGAACCAACAGUUCGAGCUGCCAACGCGAAGAAUUCGCCACUACUGGAGUCAAUUCAGAAGUGUUAUUGUUCUUCGCAUUAUCCGAGUGAAUUCUCUUCUUUUACAAUUUAUAUUGUUGACUCUAUGAUAGCUAAUUUCUCAAUAUCGGAGGCUAUUAUGAUAAGCUUUCACGAAUUUAGUUACAGGGUCGGUGAUCUAAAAAGGGAACCUUUUCAGGUGUAAAUCUCCGAUUUCGUUGAAACUUGAAAAAUUUGAAGGUUAUUUAUGUAGGAAUCGGAUGGCACUUGAAUUUUUUCCUGAACCUCACAAUUAGUUUUCCCCUAUAUAUGGUAGGAGUACCCUUAUCGAAACUGAUAUUUUUUAGAAAAAUGUAAAGCAGUGUUCUAAGGGGUAACUCGUCAAACUAGCGUUCUUUGCACCAAAUUCUGUCCGUUUUGCUCUAUUUUGUACCGUUCAGGCGGUAGAGUGAUAUUUGAGACAGAAAGCAGUGUAAGGCUUAAGUAAACCCCUAGUAACUGUGAGGUUCAGGAAAAAUUUCAAGUGCCAUCCGACUUCUAGUAAUAACCUUUAAAUUUUCCGAGUUUCAAAGAAAUUGGAGAUUUACACCUGAAAAGGUUCCCUUGUAAGCCGUCCAUUUUUCUACUUAUAUACUGUACCGGAUUCAGGCGUGUUGAAGGGCUGCUAACUCGCACGGGGCAAAGGCACGAGCGACAGUAGGCAAGCCCAUCCCGCACGCCUGAAUCCGUUGCAGUUUAACCAGGAAAAAAGCGACGACUGAGGUCACCCACCCUUUACUUACUGUUAUUUACUACUACGGUUAUUUCGCUCUGCUAAUUUCAGUGGGUCAUCGUUAAAGGGACGAAUGUCCAAAAUUGGCACCAGUAUGGAGCGAUGUCCCACAAUUAUCACUGAAAUGGAGCGAAGAGAACAAACGUCGCUCUAAUUGGGAAACGAUUAAUAACACCUCUUUUUUUGAGAUGAGACUGAUCGCUCUUCCAGUUCGCAGUGUUAGCUCUGAAGGCCAAUAAACUUUACGAAGUGAUAGCUAAAUAA